AUACACACAUGAAAAACUCUCUUCAAAAAGGCCACACAAAAGAAACAAAUUUAUACCACUACUUAUUCGAAAUUAGUAUCAAAGCUCCACGUUUAUUUACUGAAAAAAUGGAAAGUUGGUGGCCGGAGCAGAGGCAAAUGCAGAGUGAUGUUCAGCUGCCCCAAGGCCCAACGGAGUCUAUGGAGUUCUUAGCAAGAUCAUGGAGCCCCUCAGCGCUUCGAAUGUCGAAAUCAGACGCUUCUCCUCUUCCCAAGCUAAUUAUUUAUCCCUCAAAACAUUCGAACAACCAAAGUGUUGAUACGAGUUUUAGUAGCUUCAUAACAGAUGAAACAUCUGCUGGCCUCGGAGCAGAGGAUUCGUUGGUGCUGUCGGAGAAUACAUUCUCGUCUGCUUCCUCUGCAACAUCCCAGCUUGUGCUCGAACGCAUUAUGUCUCAAUCUGAGACAUCGCCGUUAAGUUCAGGGAGAUUAUCUCACAGCAGCGGACCAUUGAGUGCUUUCCUCCUAGAAGAAACCUCAGGCAGUCAUCAAGUUUCCCCCACACAAGAGUAUGAAAACGUCGUUAAGUACUUAGGAGUAAACAAUCCUCUAUACGCAAACAGCCACGCUAGUGGUGGAAGUAACACGCCAGGUAGCAAGACAGUUGGAAGGUGGUUGAAGGAGAGGAGAGAAAGGAAAAGGGAAGAUAACCGAGCUCAAAAUGCUCAAAUCCACGCGGCUGUAUCAGUUGCUGGAGUGGCUGCUGCACUGGCCGCCAUUGCAGCAGCCACGGCAACCACAUCAGCUUCUAGAAAAGAUGACCAAAUGGCAAAGACUGACAUGGCUGUGGCUUCAGCAGCUACAUUAGUCGCUGCACAAUGCGUGGAGGCUGCAGAGUCCUUAGGAGCUCAACGAGACCACCUUCUAUCAGUAGUUAAUUCAGCUGUUAAUGUCAGAUCACAUGGAGAUAUAUUGACUCUUACAGCUGCAGCUGCCACAGCUCUACGUGGAGCAGCAACCUUAAAAGCAAGAGCGUUAAAGGAAGCAUGGAAUAUUGCAGCAGUGAUCCCAAUAGGGAAAGGGUAUGGAGUGGGAUUUGGCCAAAAUGAAUCAAGUGCUAGAUGCUCAGAGGAGCAAUAUCCGGAAGAAAGUUCCCCUGGUGCAGAGCAAUAUCAAAAACUCCUUGCCAGAGGAAGUGAGCUUCUGAAAAGAACUCGAAAUGGUGAUCUCCACUGGAAAUUUGUAUCAGUUUACAUUCACCGGACUGGGCAGGUAAUGCUGAAGAUGAAGAGCAAACAUGUUGGCUCUACCAUAACCAAAAAGAAGAAAAACGUAGUGUUGGAGGUGCACAAGAACAUGUCAGCAUGGCCUGGAAGACAGUUGUUGGAGAAUGGAGAGCAGCAUCGCUACUUUGGAUUAAGAACGACGAUACGUGGGAUUGUAGAGUUCGAAUGCAAGAAUGACAAGGAAUACGAGAUGUGGACUCGUGGGGUAUCUAGGCUUCUCUCAGUUGCAUCACAAAUGAACAACGGACACAAGAAAUAUUAACCAUUUUCGAGUAACUUUGAAACAAAUUGUUAGCUGCUUUUCAGAUCAUGUAAGAAAAUCAACUACGCAAAUUUAGUAGUUGCUUUUGAUAAUAAAGGGACUCAAUUAUUAAUUUGAAAUUUAUUUGACAUGUAAAAGGAAAAACCAC